AUGGGUGCACUAGCCGCUGGCGCAUAUCGCGCUGGCCCUAUAGCGCUGGCGCCUAAUGCGCUGGCGCCAUAUGCGCUAGCGCCUAGCGCGCUGGCGCCUAACGCGCUCGCGCCAUAUGCGCUGGCUCCUGGCGCGCUGGCGCCUAACGCGCUGGCGCUUGCUAUGCUGGCGCCAUGUGCGCUGGCGCCUAUUGCGCUGGCGCCUAGCGCGCUGGCGCCUAGCGCGCUGGCGCCUGCGCUGGCGCCAUGCGCGCUGGCGCCUAUUGCGCUGGCGCCAUGUGCGCUGGCGCCUACCGGACUGGCGCCAAGUGCGCUGGCGCCAUGUGCGUUGGCGCCUAUUGCGCUGGCGCCUAGCGCGCUGGCGCCUACCGGGCUGGCGCCAACGCUGGCGCCUACCAGACUGGCGCCAAGUGCGCUGGCGCCAAGUGCGCUGGCGCCAUGUGCGCUGGCGCCUCUUGCGCUGGCGCCUACCGGGCUGGCGCUAAGUGCGCUGGCGCCUAGCGCGCUGGCGCUGUGUGUGCUGGCGCCAUGUGCGCUGGCGCCUAACGCGCUGGCGCCAUGCGCGCUGGCGCCUACCGGACUGGCGCCAAGUGCGCUGGUGCCAUGUGCGUUGGCGCCUACUGCGCUGGCGCCUAGCGCGCUGGCGCCGUGUGCGCUGGCGCCGAUUUCGCUGGCGCCAUGUUCGCCGGCGCCUAGCGCGCUGGCGCCAUGCGCGUUGGCGCUUAGCGCGCUCGCGCCUAUCGCGUUGGCGCCAUGCGCGCUGGCGCCUACGGGGCUGGCGCCAUGUGCGCUGGCGCCAUGUGCGUUGGUGCUUAGCGCGCUGGCGCCUAUCGCGCUGGCGCCUAUCUCGCUGACGCCUUAA